AACUCAGUCAGGAAGACCACUCACAGGAGUUGUACGACCAGCCACACAAUCUGCAAUAUCUCAAUCAUUUGAACAAACAUUAAGAACACCAAGAACUGCCAUGACUGCUAGACCAAUUACAGCAAGUUCUAGUCGCAGUGUUAGGUAUAACUGUCAUUUAAAAUUACUGUAUUUUUAAGUAGAAACUAAAAUGUUUAUAAAUUCAUUUUACAUAGACUAGGCACAGCAUCCAUGCUAACAGAACCGGGGGGACCAUUUAUACAAUUAUCUCGUUUAAAUAUUGCAAAGUAUGCUAGCCAACCAAAUAUUGCAAAACCACUGUUCGAAUAUAUAUAUUACCAUGAACAUGAUGUGAGAUAUGCACUAGAUUUGGCAGUUCAAGCGACACAGGUCUGUCAAUACAAAGAUUGGUGGUGGAAAGUGCAACUUGGAAAAUGCUAUUACAGUUUAGGAUUAAUAAGAGACGCGGAGCAACAAUUUAAGUCAGCGCUAAAAGAUAAUAAAACGAUCGAAUCCGUCUUGAGACUAAUCAGGGUUUAUAUUAGAUUAGAUCAGCCACUGACUGCUUUAGAAACAUGUAAAAAAGGUCUUGAAUAUUUUCCUAACGAUGUAAAUAUUCUUACUGAAAUGGGACGUAUAUUUGACGGCUUGAACAAUGCGAGCAUGUCAUUAAAAUAUUAUAAGAUUGUUGUUCAAGAGGAUGCCUCGCAUACAGAAGCAAUAGCUAGUAUCGGGAUGCAUCAUUUCUAUAAUGAUCAGCCGGAAUUGGCUUUACGUUUCUACAGACGAUUGCUACAAAUGGGUGUAUACAAUGUUGAAUUGUUCAAUAAUCUUGGAUUAUGUUGCUUUUAUUCUCAGCAAUAUGACCACGUUAUUUCAUGCUUUGAAAGAGCACUUAAUCUUUCUACUGACGAAAAUGUAGCAGAUGUGUGGUAUAAUAUUUCUCACAUUGCUUUGACGGUAGGAGACACAACCAUGGCAGAAGAAUGCCUAAAACUUGCUAUUAUAAGCGAUAAUAGACAUGCCUUAGCAUAUAACAAUUUGGGAGUCAUACAAAUAAAAAGCGGAAAUUUGACAGCAGCCAGAACAUACUUUCAUGCUGCUGCAAAUAUUGCUGAUUUCAUUUAUGAACCUCAUUUUAAUAGUGCUUACUUAGCUUAUGAGGUUGGAGAUCUGCAAACAAGUUACACUGCAGUAAAAAAAUCUUUAAAAGCAUAUCCUGGCCACUGUGAUAGUAAAAUUCUUCUGAAAAAGUUAGAGAGAUAUUUUUCACACAUGUGAAGUCCCUUAAAGCGUUUUCCAACCCAAGAUGCCACGCGUAUUGGUUUACAUAGUAGUCGUGUCAGUGUUGACAUGCACUGCGCACUCGCAAUUACCCGACUUGACAGCGGAAGUCCAGCCAAUGAACGAAAUGGCGGGAAACGGUGAUGCGCC